CACUUGACCUUAGAAAAUCUUGAGAGGGACAUGUUGGCACUUACAAGAGGGUUUAAUCUCAACUGGAAGCUAUUCUCCAACUCCAACCACUCUAGAACCCUAAUUCCUUCUCUCAUUAAACUCCCUCUCAUGGUAGCCACGCGUCCUUCAGUUUCUUCUCCUACUUACUCCACUGGAUCUCCUGUUAACGUGCCCCUAAAGCACGUGGGCACACACAAUGGCAGCUUUCACUGUGACGAGGCUCUUGGCUGCUUCAUGAUUCGCCUCACUAGCAAGUAUUCCAAUGCUGAAAUUGUACGAAGCCGCGAUCCGCAGGUGUUGGAGGGUCUUGAUGCCGUGCUUGAUGUUGGAGGCGUGUAUGAUCCAAGUCGUGAUCGGUAUGAUCACCAUCAAAAGGGUUUUGGGGAGGUUUUUGGACAUGGGUUCUCUACCAAGCUUAGCAGUGCUGGACUUGUGUAUAAGCACUUUGGAAAGGAGAUUAUAGCCAAGGAGCUUCAAGUGGAUGAAGGUCAUCCAGAUGUGCACCGCUUGUUCUUGGCUGUUUACAAGAGCUUUAUGGAGGCAAUCGAUGCCAUUGACAAUGGAAUCAAUCAAUAUGAUACAGACCAGCCUCCAAAAUAUGUGAAUAACACACAUUUGUCUUCAAGAGUUGGGAAAUUCAACUUGGAUUGGACAGAUCCUGAUCAAUCAUCUAAGAAGGAGAAUGAGGCAUUUGAACGAGCAAUGGCUCUCGCUGGCAGUGAGUUUUUAGAUAAUGUUCGCUUUCAUGCAAAAUCUUGGUUACCAGCUCGAUCAAUUGUAAUGGAAUGUCUCGCAACUAGAUUUGAUGUUGAUCCUAGUGGUGAAAUUAUGGUCUUGAAAACAUUUUGCCCUUGGAAACUUCACUUGUUUGAGCUCGAGGGUGAACUGAAGAUUGAUCCUUUGGUUAAAUAUGUUCUCUAUCAGGAUGACAGGAGCAAACAGUGGCGAGUGCAGGCAGUUGCGAAAUCACCUGACAGUUUUGAGAGCCGGAAGGCUCUCCCAGCUCAGUGGCGAGGUCUGAGGGAUGAUGACCUCUCGAGGGAGUCUCAAAUCCCUGGUGGUGUUUUUGUCCACAUGAGUGGGUUCAUUGGUGGGAAUCAAAGCUUUGAGGGGGCUCUGGCCAUGGCAGGAGCUGCAUUGAAACUUUAAAACACAGAAGAGUGGUUUUAUAAAAAAAAUUAGAGACAUCACAUAAUUCUAGCAAAGAUAUAAACUCAUUAAUUGUCUUCAUAUUUGAAAUCUUGUCUCUGAUUUUUGUUGGCUUUCACCAAUAUCGGAACCCAUGUUAUUUUAUUAGCACUAUUUAUUUCACAAGUUUUGCUACUCUA